AUGUCAGCUCAUUUAACAACUGGAAAAAUAAAUAUUGGACAAAUACAAGAAUUAGCUAGAAAUAAAUUAUUUACACUUUUGGAUAAAUGUGAUUCGACAAAAGCUCUUAUGUGGGAUGAAACAUUGGCCGGUCCAGUAGGUUUAAUUACAGAAUAUAGAUUAUUAACAGAACAUAAUGUUAAUAACAUGUUUCCUUUAAAACCUAAUUUCAUACCUAGAAUAAAUGAAAAAAAUGUUAUUUUUAUUGUUAGACCAUCUUUACCUUUGAUGGAUAUCAUAGCUGAUUACAUACACGGGAUAUGUAAAGAAGAAAGAAAUAAAUCGAUUAGAAAAGAUUUUUACAUAUUUUUUGUUCCGCAUAAAAGUUUUCUAUGCGAAAAUAGAUUAAUAAGUAGAGGAGUUUUUGGAAAUUGUACAAUCGAAGAAUUCGAUAUUGAAUUAUUUCCUUUUGAUAAUGAUUUAUUAUCAAUGGAAAAUGAAUAUGCAUUUAAAGAAUUAGUUUUAGAAAAUGAUCCAACAUGUUUAUAUGAAGUUGCAAAAACAUUAAUGACAAUACAAAUGGAAUAUGGCAUUAUACCACAAGUAUCUGGAAAAGGUCAUGCAGCUAAAAAUGUUUGGAAUUUAAUGAAUAAAAUGUUAAAAGAACAAACUAGUAAAGGAUGUAAAAAAUUAUUUAGUCAAAUUUCACAAAUUGAUCAUUUGUUGUUAAUCGAUAGAAGUGUGGAUUUAAUAACACCAAUGGCGACGCAAUUGACCUACGAGGGCUUGAUCGAUGAAUUAUUCGGUAUUAAUAAUACAACUGCUCAGUUUCCAUCAGAAAGAUUUAUGAAAACUGAAAAUGAACCAGAGGUAUUGACUGCCAUUAAAAAACAAAUUAUACUCAAUUCAAACGAUGAAUUAUUUGCCGAUAUCAGGGACAAACAUUUUAAUGCAGUAGGUCAUGUUCUCAGUAGGAAAGCCAAACAUAUUUCAGCAAUGUAUGAUGUUAAGCCAGGUGAAUCUGUUGAACAAAUGAGUAGAUUUGUUAUGCAAUUACCUCAAUUGAAAAAUUCAAAAAGGCUGCUGGCCAUUCAUACCACAAUAGCUGAAUUAAUUAAAGAAAAGACUGAUGUACCUGAAUUUUUGGAUUCUCUACAGGUAGAACAAGAAUUAUUAAGCGGUAUGGAAACUGAUAAAAUUCACUCGUUCAUCGAAGAUUGUAUAGCUAAAAAGCAACCUUUGCAACAUGUUCUUAGACUUAUGUGCCUACAAUCGUUAGCCAACAGUGGACUUAAACCUAAAGUUUUAGAACAUUAUAAGAGAGAAAUUGUUCAAACUUAUGGUUUUCAACAUCUUUUAACUCUUAAUAAUUUAGAAAAAGCUGGAUUGUUACAACACCAGCAAAGUUCUAGACCUUAUACUAUUCUUCGUAAAAUGUUAAGACUUACAGUUGAAGAUGGAAGUGAAGUUGAACCUGUCGAUAUUUCAUAUGUUCAUUCCAUAUAUGCUCCCAUUUCUGUGAGAUUAGCACAACAUUUAGUCAAACAAGGCGGUUGGAAAAGUAUACAAGAUGUUUUAGGUGUUUUACCAGGUCCUACAAUAGAAGGAACACAAGUUAUACCUACAGGGCACACAAGAAGAGGUUCCAAAGGGAGUUUAUCAUCUCAGGUACAAGGAGAUAACACAAGAGUUAUAUUAGUUUUUUUCAUAGGUGGAUGUACUUUUGCAGAAAUUUCAGCUCUUAGAUUUUUAUCUCAACAAGAAGAAUUGAAUGUUGAGUUCGUUAUAGCUACCACCAAACUCAUUAACGGUAAUUCCUUUUUAAAAACAAUCAUGGAAACGUGA